AUGCGCUUUUUAUUUUGUUUUUCAUUGCAUCGUUUAUUUCAUUCACAUCUAAUCGAAGUUAUCCUAUGUUUACAAACAAUUUAUUAUUGUUUGGCUGCAUCAAUUGGUCAAUAUAUUUAUAGUUAUUAUCUUACAUCAUACUCUUCAAGAACUGAUCUUUAUCCUUAUCCAUCUUUAUUGUCGAAUACCAAUUCUACAAUAAUACAACAUGAACUUGGUCAAUGUAAAGAUCAAUCAACGUCAGCAUCAGCUCAACAAUGGGCUCAAAAAAAAUCUUCAAAUUUAUUUUUCUAUCAAACGGUAGCAUCAAGUGUACCUACUAUUGUUAUGACUUAUAUAUUGGGUUUAUAUACACAUCAACUUGGUCGAAAAUUUGUUCUUAUUUUAACUAUGUUCGGUAAUGUUUUGCAAUAUUCUAUUUGGUUAUUUAUUAUAUAUUAUGAAUUGCCAGAUUAUUGGUGGCAUAUAGCAGCAUUUUUAUCAAGUUUAGCUGGUGGUGGUAAUGUUUCAAGUUUUAUUCUAAAUUUAAUCAUUACUGAUAGUACAGAAAAAUCAGAAAGAACAUCAAAAUUUCUUUAUAUUGGUGCUAUAUGUACAGCUGUUGGUGCAAUAGCUUCACUUCUAGUCGGAUUUUGGAUUGAAUAUCGUGGUUUUCUUGAUCUUUAUUGGACAGCUUUAUUUAUUCAAUUAUUAACAAUAAUUAUUGUUUAUCAUUAUAUGAAACCUCAAUUACUUCUACCUGUUGUAUCAAUAAAUUCACAUGAUUAUAGUCAUAAUACAAAUAGAAAUACAAAAUAUAAUCAAUUAAUACAAAUAUGUAUGGUUUUUUCACCACGACAUACAUAUCGUUCACGAAAACGAUCAAUGAGUUUAAUUAUAACACUCAUAGCAUUUAUUUUUCAUUGUUUAGCAUCAUUAUCAUUUGGUGUUCCAUUUCUUUGGUUUCAACUUAAUUAUCCAUUUUGUUGGUCGGCUAAAGAAAUUGGUUAUUAUAAUACAGUAUCAUCUAUUAUUUGGAGUAUUGGAAGUGUUGUUGGAUUGAAAUUUUUUUCAUAUACACAUUUUAGUGAUGCUGCUAUUUGUUGUAUAUCACAUAUGUUUUUUAUUGUAUCAGCUUUAUGGGUAUCUCAAGCGUAUUAUAAUUGGCAAUUGUAUAUAGGUCUAUUUAUAGCACCAUUUACUUCAUAUCAAGGUUCAUUAACAUAUUCGAUAAUAUCAAAAUGGUUAGAACCAAAUGAAAUAAAUAAUGCUUAUACAUUUGUUACAGAAAUUAAUACAAUAUUAAAUGUUUUUGGAAAUUCAUUUUUUAAUUAUUUAUAUUCAAUUACAAUUAGUUAUUCAAGAAAUUUUACAUUACUUCUAGCUGCUGGACUUGGAGUUAUUCCGUUAAUUCUUAAUUGUAUUUUAUAUGUAGUAACGAAAAACAUUCCUGAUGAAAGUGACAAUCGUAUCACAGAAUGCAUACCAAUUUUAAUUCCUGAUCAUAUGCCAAUGACAGUUCCAGCAGGCAUAGAAACUGUUCUAUGGCCAGCGAAAACCACAAAAAAACUACUACUAAAUAGUUAA